GUAGAUGAGUUGUAAGGGCAGCCAUGGAGGCGGCAGGAGCGCUGGCCAGCUUGGCACCGUCGCCCAUCACCGUAUUGGGUCUGAUACCACUCCUGGCACUCGGGAUCACGUACUUCAGAUACCAACAAUUCGACCCGGAGUCUUAUAUUACGGAUGUCAAUACUGUGAUGCCGAUCUACGACUUCGUGAUAGUCGGCGGCGGUUCUGCCGGCGCAGUGGUCGCGUCGCGGCUCUCCGAGAUCGGCAACUGGACAGUGCUGCUCCUGGAGGCCGGCCAAGACGAAACUGAGAUCUCUGACAUCCCCGCGCUAGCGGGCUACACACAGCUCUCCGAGAUGGACUGGCAAUUCCAGACCACGCCCUCCAACAACCGCUCUUAUUGUCUCGCCAUGAAUGGUGAUCGCUGCAACUGGCCAAGAGGCAAGGUACUCGGCGGCUGCAGCGUACUUAACGCGAUGGUGUACGUAAGGGGUAAUCGGAACGACUACGACCUCUGGGAAGCGCUUGGUAACCCCGGCUGGUCGUAUGAUCAAGUGUUACCAUAUUUUCUCAAAUCCGAAGACAACCGCAACCCAUACUUAGUAAAUACGCCUUACCACGCUGCCGGCGGCUACCUCACGGUUCAAGAAGCACCGUGGCGGACGCCAUUAUCGGUUACGUUCUUGAAAGGUGGUAUGGAACUUGGUUACGAAAACCGCGACAUCAACGGAGCGAAACAGACAGGCUUCAUGUUGACCCAGGCGACCAUGCGGCGCGGCAGCCGCUGCAGCACGGCCAAGGCUUUCCUCCGACCGGUCAGGCAGAGAAACAAUCUGCAUAUUGCUCUCGGUGCUCAAGUUACAAGGAUUCUUAUAAACCCUGUUAAAAAACAGGCGUACGGUGUCGAAUUCUACCGAAAUGGACAGAGAUAUAAAGUUAGAAUUAAACGAGAAGUUAUUAUGUCUGCCGGGGCUCUAGCGACACCUAAAAUAAUGAUGUUGAGUGGAAUUGGACCAGCGGACCAUCUAAGAGAGCAUGGUAUUCCUUUAGUCGCAAAUCUAAAGGUAGGCCAUAAUUUACAGGACCACGUUGGAUUAGGUGGUUUGACUUUCGUAGUCAAUAAACCAGUAACAUUCAAAAAGGACCGUUUUCAAACAUUUAACGUUGCUAUGAACUACAUAUUAUACGAGAAAGGUCCUAUGACAACCCAAGGAGUAGAAGGACUAGCAUUUGUGAACACAAAAUACGCGCCACCUUCCGGUAACUGGCCUGACAUACAGUUCCACUUCGCACCUAGUUCCGUGAACUCUGACGGCGGAGAACAGAUCAGAAAGAUAUUGAACUUGCGUGACAGAGUAUACAAUACUGUUUACAAGCCCAUAGAAGACGCUGAGACAUGGACUAUACUUCCAUUAUUGCUAAGACCGAAGAGUUCUGGUUGGAUUAAGCUGAAGAACCGUAAUCCAUUCACAGCGCCCUCAAUAGAGCCGAAUUACUUCGCGUACAAGGAGGAUAUCAAAGUGCUGAUAGAAGGUAUAAAGAUAGCGAUGGCUUUGUCGAACACGACAGCUUUCCAGAGGUAUGGGUCGAGGCCACACAACAUAGCUAUGCCUGGCUGUCAGCAUCAUGAGCUGUUCAGCGAUGAAUACUGGGAGUGUUGUUUGAAGCACUUUACUUUUACAAUAUACCAUCCUACCGGGACGUGUAAGAUGGGUCCUAAGCACGAUAUAGAUGCUGUAGUGGAUCCAAGGUUGCGUGUACAUGGUGUAGCGAACUUGAGAGUGGUUGACGCUAGUAUAAUGCCAACGAUUAUAAGUGGGAACCCCAAUGCUCCUGUAAUUAUGAUUGCUGAGAAGGCAUCGGAUAUGAUAAAAGAGGACUGGCUAGUAUUAUGACAGUGUUAAUUGAUAGUGAAUGAAAAUACUCAGUCAUGAACAAAUAUGAUUAUGUUUGUCGAUAAGUAAUUAUUUUAUUGUAAUGUUAUUCUCAUGUAGGGCUGUAAAUAUAAAAUUAAGGCGUGUAGUGUACGUAAUUAUUUUGCUAUCGGACUUUGUUAAGCGUUUUGUAAUUACCUAUCGUUGGUGCAGUAUACAAUAAAAUAAAAAAAUAA